AAGUUUAAACAUAGAAAUGGUGUGGGCAGCGUUCAUCAUCUGCGGCGUCUUAUGUAUAAGUGCCCAGUACAUUUAUCCAAAAGAAAAAAAUCGCUGCGCCAGUAAUGGAGAGGCAAUGGAACGAAUUAGAGAAAUUCUGUUACAACAAAUGAGGAUCCAAGAAACUGUAGAUUCCCUCAGAUUAAUGGUGAGGAGACUUGAGGAAGAUGUAACCAAAACCUAUGAAGAUGUCCAAAUCGUAAAAAAGGGUUUAAAACUAAAACUAGUGGAUUGUCAGGAUCUCUACAUGUAUAUCACCGGACCCAAACAGUCAGGGGUAUAUACUAUUUAUCCUUUUGAUAACGAGAGCAGACUCAAAGUGUUCUGUGACAUGGAAACAGAGGACGGAGGGUGGACAGCAAUUCAGAGACGAUUGAGCGGAUCUAUUGGUUUCAACAGAACUUGGGCGGAAUACAAAAAAGGUUUUGGGAACGUAUCUGACUCUUACUGGAUUGGAAAUGAUAUGAUUCAUCACUUGACCAAGGGAAGGAACUCCUCACUAUUCGUCUCCAUCACAUUAAGAAAUGGCACAACCUUGUAUGAACGUUAUCACCAUUUCUCUGUUUCUGGUGAAUCAGACAACUACAGACUUCUUCUCGGGGGACCAGCUACGGGGACAUUAGGUGACCGUAUGCUAGACACAGGGAGUUCGUUAGAAUAUCUGUCCGGGAUGUCGUUCACCACCCUGGACAGAGACCACGACAGUCAUGGUAGUGUUAACUGUGCUGUUGUCUGGGGAGGAGGAGGUGGCUGGUGGUAUAACGGAUGUCAUGACGCCAACCUCAACGGUCAAUGGUCAGACUGGUACCAACCUUGGAAUCCGCCACUUUAUAAUGGCAGUGAUAUAACGGGGACUCUUAUGAUGAUCAAACCUCACUGAUUACGUCACAUGAUGUGUUAAUGACUCGUUAAUUGUUGAUAAUGUUUUUUUUUUAGACUUGAUUGUAUUUAGGACAUUCAGUCAGUUAUGAGGUUUUUUUAGGUUCAUAACGUGUAACAUAUUUCACUCAUGCAUGUACAUACUAAAUCAAAUCUAUAUAUGAUAGAUGAUGGUGUUAUAAUUCUUGUUUUUGCUCUGUUAAUGAUGUUAAAAUACAAAGUUAUGUUGUUAUUGGUCUUUAAUUAUUAUGUAACGAAUUUCUUGAUAUCGUCUUAUUAUAU